AUGUACAAUGGGAUUGGACAAAAUGGCCUUUUGCGACACGGCGCUAGAAUUCGUGGAACAAUUGUAAGGCUGACGUCAGCAGAAAUCACUGAGCAUUGUUCCUGGACAACUGGAGCUAUUGGUGACACCACUGAAUCUGGUGCCACCACUAAAUCUGGUGACACCACUAAAUCUGGUGACACCACUGAAUCUGGUGACACCAGUGAAUCUGGUGACACCAGUGAAUGUGGUGACACCACUGAAUCUGGUGACACAACUGAAUCUGGUGACACCAGUGAAUCUGGUGACACCAGUGAAUGUGGUGACACCACUGAAUCUGGUGACACAACUGAAUCUGGUGACACAACUGAAUCUGGUGACACCAGUGAAUCUGGUGACACCAGUGAAUCUGGUGACACCACAAAAUAUUUGUAUUUCGCUAAUCGGCAUAUUAUCUUAUGGAGUCUCGAUGGUGCUGACGACACAAUCAUUCACGUGUCCCACGAGCAGCACCAGUGCAGCGACAACUGCACGACGUUCCUCGAGUACGUCGCUAAAGGAGACAUCCGUCACGUCAAGCACAUGCUUCACAUUAAAGGCAUCUACUCACACGCCGACGGCAGAGGCUGGACUGGGCUCAUGAUUGCCGCGGAGAUAGGCUACACCCACAUCGUCAAACUGUUGCUAAAACAGCCGGGGAUAGAGAAAGCUAAAGCGAACGUCCAAGGAUGCACAGCGCUCAUGAUAGCCGCUAGAUUCGGGUUGUAUGACAUUGUUAAGCUGCUGACUCAGAACAAUAAUGAGAGUCUGGUAGAAAACAGUGAAGGGGAUACUGCUCUAACCGUGGCCUCGGCGUUCGGGCAUUACAAGGUGGUCAAGCAUUUGUUGAAGCUGGGGUAUAGCGUGGAUAAAGAGAACAAGCACGGAUGGACGUCGUUGAUAGCAGCGUCGUUCCAUGGAUACUACGACGUGGUCAAGAUAUUGCUGGAGAAAAAAGCCAGCGUCAACCACAGCGAACACAACGGUUGGACUGCGGUCAUGUUUGCCGCGUAUAACGGACAUUGUAAAAUUGUCGACAUUCUGAUCAGAAAAGAGGCUGAAAUCAACAUAAGUGGGGAUGUUGCAUUGUCUCCGCUCUACCUUGCGACUAGAAAUCGCCACCAAAAUAUUGUUGAGCUUUUGUUGAAGCACAAAGCGAAUGUGAACAGCCGCAACCGGGACGGUUGGACAGCCCUGUUGUUGGCUGUCGAUAACAACGACGAGGAGAUGACGGAUUUUUUUUUAAAACACAAAGCAGACGCCAACCAGGCAAAUGAUAAAGAGUUAUCCCCCUUGCUCGUCGCGUCGUACUACGGCAAUGAGAAAAUUGUCAGGAUUUUGAUACAGCAUAAAGCUGUCAUUAAUCACGAAGAUGCGUCCGGUCGAACAGCUCUAAUUAUAGCGUCAGGUCAAGGUCAUCUGAAAACCGUGAAAGUUCUGUUGCAAAACGGAGCGGAUGUCAACAAACACACGGACGUCAAAUGGAAUGCUUUGAUGUUCGCCGCGAAGAGGCGGCACCACAAGAUUGUAUCCCUGUUGCUCCAACACAGGGCAGACGUGUUCAUGGUGAACAAAAAUGACUCCACGGCUCUGAUGGUGGCGUCGCAGGAGGAUGAGCCGCGCUCAGUGCAGGCUCUGAUUGAGCACGGGUCAAACGUCCACCACAGUAACGUCACCGGCUGGACGGCGCUGUGUGUGGCCGCCGAGAAAGGCCUGGACGAGAUCGUGAAGAUCCUGCUCAAGCACCACGCCAACGUCAAGUACGAGAACAAGAAAGGCUGGACGGCCCUGCUGCUGGCUGCCCAGAACGGCCACACCACCACCGUCAACCUUUUACUCGAAGACUACGCCGAGGUGAAUAAAGUCAGCCAUAACGGCCUGACAGCGCUCAUGCUGGCCGCGUACAAAGGUCACGUUGACACGGUGGAGGUUUUACUCAAGCAUGACGCUGAUAUCCACUACACCAACAAAAAUCUCCAGACGGCGCUGACGUCAGCAGCCAUUGCUGGACACGCCGGCAUCGUCAAGCUGAUCAUGGACCACUGUACCAAAAAACAGAUCCAAUGUACCGGUCUCAAGAGGUCGCUGUUCUACGCCGCCUGCAAUGAUCAUGCUGACGUCAUUGACGCCUUGUGUCGAAACACCGACAUCGACUUAAACUUAAUCCAAGACCAGGGAAGGAACGCCCUCAUCAUCGCCUGCGCUAAAGGACACUUGAACAUCGUAUCGAAACUAAUCGACCACGGAUGUGACGUCAAUUUACUCGUAUCCAAUCCCAGUUUUCCCGAAAUGUCUCCAGAGUUUCAGAAAGCUAAAGAUGCUGCAAUAGAAAAUGGAACUUUAGUCUCGGCAGUUCCAAUCCAUGUUUGUGUAUACUUUAACCACGUUGAAUGUCUAAUGGCACUAUUAAAUGCAGGCGCCGAUGUCAACAGAAAGAACGAUUAUGACGUCACUGCUCUCAUGAUUGCACAUAAAAAAGGUCAGAGCGACCUUGCCAAACUUCUACUUGACCACCAAGCCUCAGAUGUGGACCCCCCGACUGACUGCAAAGAUCCAUUUCUCGUAUCCCAGGUUAGUGUGACGCAUACAAACGCUCUGGUAGAGAAAACAGCGACAGAACGGGCCAGCACGUUGCCUUCAACUUCCCGACAAGCUGACGAUGGCGUUAUACCAACCACUGGCCGGUUGAUUUCUCAAGCAAUAUCCGCCAGUCCUGAUUCCCACAUUUCACAGAUUCCCCAUUUCACAGAUUCCCACAUUUCAAAUAUUCCCACAUUUCACAGAUUCCCACAUUUCCCAGAUUUCCACAUUUCACAGAUUCCCACAUUUCACAGAUUUCCACAUUUUACAGAUUCCCCCAUUUCAUAG